CGUGUCAUUAUAAGGUGUAUUACUGAACAUCUCCCAAAUUUUGAGAAUCACGAAAAUGUUAUCUUGCUAAACACAAUUGUAUUUACUUAGCUACGACACAUUUGGGUCGCGUUCCCCUGCGCUUACCUCUCAUGCAUCAACCAGUGUUUGCGUGCACCGUCAUUGAAUUUAACAUCGACGUGGAAAAUGCAAUAGCAAAUGGUGUGGUGAGCUUAUGCUUAAUAUUCCUGUCUAGGCGCUACAAGAUCUGUCAGGUCUCGGCAACAUCUUAGCCCAGGGACGUGUCCUUGACGUCAUCAUAGCUAAGAGCACAAACACGGAUCUAAAGUGGUCAAUUAUUCUUGUACGAAAAUGUAGUUCGAAUGUUUUUUUUAAAUUACAUUGUGUAUUUAGGUAAUGGAAAAAAUCCGUGCACGUCUGAAUAUUGGUAGAAAGGCAGAGCCUGUUAAACUGAGGAAACGAAAAUCCCAACUUUAUAGUAAAGAAGAAACAUGUACUCAUGGCGUGUUGGGGAUUGGCGUCACUGUGUUCACUGUGGUACUACGUCUCAUCAACUGCUUCCUGGUCCAAACCAGUUUUGUCCCAGAUGAAUACUGGCAGUCCCUUGAAGUUGCUCAUCGUAUGGUUUUUAACUAUGGCUAUCAGACAUGGGAGUGGACAGCAGGUAUAAGAGGGUUUUCCUACCCUCUAGUUUUUGCAGUUUUAUAUAAGAUAUUGCAUUUUUUCACCUAUGAUGCAGUUCAACUCUUGAUAUGGCUACCUCGAGUUUUGCAGGCACUGCUUGCUGCGUUGGCUGACAUUAAACUCUACUCUCUCAUCCAGUCACUGGAGAAUCCGGACACUGCCAAAUGGACGUACCUGUGCCAGCUCUGCUCCUGGUUCACGUGGUACUGCUGCACCAGGACCCUGAGCAACACCAUGGAGACCACCCUCACCACGCUGGCUCUCUGUUAUUAUCCUCUGCCUGGCUCUAAAACACACAGCAGCACCAAAUACUUGACCCUGGUAGCCUUGGCAGUAAUUUUUCGUCCAACAGCCUUGAUUGUGUGGCUUCCUCUUUUGGUGUACCACUUCUGGCAGGAAGAUAAGGAUAAAAAGCUGAAACUCAUUACUCACCAUUGUCUACCAAUUGGGACUUUGGCUAUUGGGAUUUCAACUUUGAUUGACUGCAUGUUUUAUGGAAAGUGGACAUUGGUGCAGUACAACUUCCUGAAGUUUAAUGUUUUGCACAAUCUGGCUGAGUUCUAUGGCUCUCAUCCAUGGCACUGGUACUUCACUCAGGGCUUUGUGGUUGUCAUUGGCCCUCAUCUUCCUUUUUUCAUUUAUGGAUGCACACUGGCUUCAAAAAGAUACAGAAUACUCCUAGUAACAGUUGUCUGGACAGUAAUGGUUUACAGUUUGCUUGCGCACAAGGAGUUCAGAUUCAUCUAUCCUGUUUUGCCUUUCUGCAUGGUAUUUUGUGGGAUAGCUUUGGCGAAUUUGAAAACCUGGAGACGGCCGGCAGCAUGUGCCCUAUUGGUCUCCAACCUUAUCCCAGCUCUGUACACCGGCCUGCUUCACCAGCGGGGCCCUCUGGAUGUCAUGGGUCACCUCCAGAACCUGUGUGACCACACUAAUCCCUCAACCCCUACACUGCCUGAAGUUCUCUUUUUAAUGCCGUGUCACUCCACACCUUUCUACAGCCACAUCCACUGUCCCAUGAAGAUGCGUUUUCUAGAAUGUCCACCAGAUCUCACAGGAGACGAGAGCUAUGUAGAUGAAGCUGAGAGGUUCUUUGCUGAUCCUCAUCAGUGGUUGAUGACUUCAUUUCCUUACAAGUCAAUGCUGCCAACACACCUGGUGUUCUUUGAUGUUCUGGAGCAGGAGAUUGCUGCAUUUUUGGAUGGGAAUACAUUUGUGAGAAGCACAGAGAUAUUCCACACUCACUUUCCUGAAGGACGAGUUGGGAAAAGUAUCCUAGUUUACCAAAGACACUGAACACAUAAUACUGACAAGAAUGGAAGUACAUUUGUAAAAACUAGAGAUGUUCUGUAAUGCAUCUGAAAGAUAACACUGUGAUAUGUUUAAACACUGUGAGGCCUAGCGUUUCCUGUGAGAUGUACUGAUUGUUGUAUUUCUUUGAGAAACAAACAUCCUAAGCCAGAACUUAAAGUGCUGCAAAAUUGCAAGUUUAGGCUUAAAGGGUUGCCAAACUAAGACCUGUGGCCACUCUCAUUAAUUGAAAUAUUUUAUUUCUGUGUCCAUCACUAAGCAAAACAUACAGGUAGGAAGAUUACACAACCGUUGAAAACAAUGUCUGUUCAAAACUAUUUUUUACUUUGGGCUAAAGUGCACAUUGGAUUGUAUCCCCCCAUGAAGUGAAACUGAUCAAACAGAAAUACUAAAUGAUGCUGCAUGGAUGUUAAAACUCCAAAUCAUUCAGAAUUCAAUGCUGUGUUUGUCUUCUAACAUAGCCAAAUGUACUAUGCUAUUACUCUAUUUUGCCUGCUGUGAUUGUGAUCAUGCAGUUCAGCUUUGUUAGUCUAAGUUAUUUCAUUUGGUUAUUCUUUUUAUUUCUGAAAAGUAAUAAUUUGUUUUACUCAAUUUAAUGUAUGUUUGUGUCUUGCUGGAUUAACAAUUUUACUCUGA